GCGAUGUGGCUGCUGUUCCUCGGGACGCUGCUGGCGGUGGCCGCCUCGACCAAGCUGAUUUCCAAGCCGAGCUGGGAGCCCCGCAGCCUGAUGAGUCCGUGCGGGCUCGACGAGUACCCCUCUGCCAGCAACUGCUGCCGGCGCUGCCCUGCGGGCCAGUAUGUCCGUGAGCCCUGCAGCAGCACCCACACCCAGAGCGAGUGUGCGACGUGUGAUGAAGGGACGUUCACGGCCUUCCCCAACGACCUGCGGUCCUGCUUGCUGUGUUCUUCCUGCUCCGAGGACCAGGAAGUGGUGGCGGAGUGCACUCCCACCAGCAACCGCAAGUGCCAGUGCCAGACGGGCCGCUACCUCCACCCCGACUCCAAUGAGUUCUGCGCACCGUGCAGCCCGUGUCCCCAAGGGAAGGUCGUCCUGCGGACGUGCAAUGCCACAGCAGACACGGUGUGCGGCCUGCCCGGUCCAGGUUUGCACGGCAGGCACCACUUCCUUGUCCUCGGAGGCUGUCUGUUUUCUGUGACUGUUGCCAUCAUCUUUUUCUGCUUCAGCAAAUCAAAAGACAGAGAAGACGAGACUGUGUAUCAUUCUCUUCAAGGUGACUGUGACGGACAAGAAAGCGUGGUGAGUGCCGGCCAGGGGACAUGCCCCUCUUGUCCUCUACGACCACGGUGCCCGUCCCAGCCCAGCCUCCCGUCCAGGGUCAGAGAGCCCCACAUUAGGAGGGCCAUGUCAGCCCCAGGACGCUGCUGGGUAUCAGCCAGACAGGAGCCGAGGGCCAGAGCCGGAGGACCUUCAAAUCGGUACGGUUCUAUUCACAUUGAGGAAACCGAGGCAGCCACAGGCCUCGAGGUGCCUUGACGGAGGCCAGCCGAGCCAGCAGCAGGGUGCUGAAUCCCCCACUCAAGACAUUUCCUUCUGUGUUCGAGGCCGGAAGGCUCAGCACCCUUCAGGUCAUUGCACGAGAACCCGGGUGCGGACUCUCCGGGCCCCCGGAACCGAGACGUCAGCUUGGAUGUGCCCUGUGAGACCCCGAUGCUCCCCCGGACCCCAGAGAGCCCAGCGGGUGUGCAGGGCCCGCAGCCUGCAGCAGGGGAAGGGCUGGGCCCCACCCCGCCACCACCGCCUGCCCCU